GGUGUUUCAAGGUGGCGGCGUCCAGUGGCGCCAUGAGCCAUCUGGAGAGCAGCAGCAGCAGCAGCGAUGAGGAGGAGCUGGACCGGUGCCGCGAGGCGGCGAUGCCGGCCUGGGGCUUGGAGCAGCGCCCGAGGGGCCCGGAGAAGCCAAGAGCCGGUGCUGCAAAUACUCAGUUGCCAACCACCCAACCGAGCCUCAGGCACAAGGUGGAUGAGCACGAACAAGAUGGCAACGAGCUGCAGACCACCCCUGAAUUCCGAGCGCACGUAGCUAAGAUGCUGGGAGCCCUGCUGGACAGCUCCAUUACCAUCUCAGAAGUAGUGAAGGAGCCAAGAAAGGCUGAGGUACCGAGAGGCGUCCUGGAGGAUGAUGGCUUCCGCCUUUUCUUCACGUCCAUCCCUGGAGGCCCUGAGAAGGAAGCUCCUCCCCAGCCCCGCCGGAAACGGUUGCCUUCCAGCUCCAGCAGCGAGGACGGCGACGAGUUGCAGCGCUGCCGGGAGGCGGCUGUGUCAGCCUCUGACAUCAUCCAGGAGUCCGCCAUCCACGGCCCUGGCAACAUGGAGAAAAAGGCAAAGAAGAAGAAAAGGAAGUGGAAAAAGAAAGCCAAGGAGGACAACACCAACCUCGCCCCAGCGGCCACCACCGCAAGCAAGACCACAUCUGGGGAGCAGGGAAGGGAGUCCGCCGGGCUCAACGGAGACCAGGCACUGUUUGGGACCAAAAAGAAGAAAAGGAAGAAAAAGGCAAAGAGGGCCAGUGAGACCUCCCCGUCCCCGCCAGCAAAAAGCGCAGCAGCUGUGCCUGCAAACUGAGCCCCGCCUGUGAGCACGGGGCCCAGCUCAGGCAGCUACGGGGGACAAGGCAUGUCCAAGCUCCGCCUCCCUCUCCAAGUGCAAGGACUUGGCUAGCAAGUCUAGACGUCGCCCAUGACUGGGGCUGGCCCAAGGGUCGGGGCAAAGAAGCGGUUGUAGGGCGAGCAAGGCCUGCCCUUCUGUGCUCCCACUGGGGCUGGGGCAGACCCGUGGUACCAGAACAUUCUGUGGUCUCAGGAAGAAGGAGGAGCCUCCCAGUCAUUGAAGGCUGAUGGCCAAGUGGUAGAGCUUCCGCCUCCUCAGCCUGGUGUGGGACAUGAUCUGAAGAAAAUGAGGGAGGGUGUCCCCGAGAUGCCAAGCCCCAGGAGGAGUUUUGUGCAUCUCCCUCCAAGCCACACAGACCUGAUAUAACAUUGUCUGGAAAAGGAGAGAGAUCCCUGCCUCCACCUGGUUUUCCAGAAUUUUCUUUCUUCACAUUGUGAAUACACCAUGCAUGAUCAUGUCUCUGAGCCAACUGGAUAAUUGAAAAUAAAUUGUCGAGGGACCCAGAAUGUAACAGAGGGAUUUGGGUGCCGCCCUCGUGUCUGUGCUGAAUCCUGAUGAGCCACUAUAAGUAAGCAUCACACAGGAGGGGUCCUGCCUACACCCCCAGAAGUGUUCCCCUACCCCAGCGUCAAGACUUCAGGAAGUGUCACAGCACUCGUGGCCUGGGGGAUUCGUGGACCCAUGUAUCCUGCAAGAAGGAGCAGAAGUUCAAGGUGAAGGUGAAGUGCUGGCUUCGUUGCCUGGCCUUGGAGAUUCGGCAAAGCAAGGAAGACAGAGGUGGGAUGUGAGAGCGUGUGUGCCGGCCCCAUCCCUCCUUGGGCUCCUGGUCCCCUUCCGCCCCCCCGAGCCUGCCCAAUCCCAUCUGGGCGAUGUGUGGACAAGCAAGACGUUUCAACGUGUUCCUCAUUUACUUUACUAAGAGUUACAUAAAUGCACAGGCUCGCCCUUAGCCAGCUGCAAGCUGCAGGGGACGCCAGUUCCCACCGGCUCCUUCCUCAAUCCAGGAUGGAGGCAGGCCACUAGGGCUGGGUUCUCUGCAGCAGCCCCAGGGAGAUGAGCCCUGGGUUGGCAUGGCUCCCUUGUCCCUCAGGACCUCAGCCUCCCCGGGGUGGGGGGCUGUGAACGCCUCCCCUCAGCUGGGCGCCAAGCUUCCAGGCGGCAACCUCUCCUCUGGUCUCGCCUCUCUUCUCCCUCUGGGCCCCUCAGCUCUGCCAGCUGCCCCGGCCUUACCGCCUUCUGAGCUCAGCAGCUUCUCCCCCAAAGCAGGGAAGGGUCUGCUGCCCCCCGACCUUGACUUGGCACCAGGCACAGAGUCAUGAGUCUCCCAUAGGAGCAGGGACAACACCUAGGCCUGCGGGAGUGGGGGGCUUUCCAGUAGAGGUGAGAUGUCAGGCUGACAUCAGAAGGUGUGAUGCGCAGGGGGACAGAUGUCCAAGAAAACGGGAGGUCAUGGCAGCCGGGGAGAGGGAUGGCUCAGGAUGAGGGAAGCUGGGGAGGCCUGCUUGCCCCAGGCCCUGGCACAGAGGAGCCACUCAGGCGAUGCUUAUGUGAGGGGGGACAGGUGGGUCCAAAUGAGUGUGCGGGUUAAAAGCAGGAAGGGGGGCUGGGUGGAGUGGCCUGAUUGGGGCACAGGUGACAGAAUGGGGCCACUUUGACCUGUGACCUCUCUCCCAGCUACACAGGCUGGUGUCCUGAGAAGUGUGGCCGGCAGUUCCCUGCGGGGUGCCAGGGAUCUCCACAGGCCCGGCCUGGGGGUACCAGCGUCCAAGGCUGCCCCCUUCCGUUCCAAGUGACAAGAUUUACCCUGAGCAGCAGGGACAGUCCCUCCCGAGUCCCACCAGGAACAAGCUCUGCUUCCAAGCUCUGCACGGUUCCCUCUUGUGCACUGAAGCAGCCCUCCUCGGGUUGGGGCGCCUCGGAGCACCCCCCUUUUCUGAGGGGAACAGGGUGGGGACUGAGGCACAGUUUUCCAGGGAAGAGCAGCAGCCUGGGGGCAGUGAAAGUUUUGCAGGCUCAAAUGUCUUGGUCACCCCUCCAGCAGGCUGUGUAGGCUCCAGGGCCCAUCCCCUGGGAGGCCGUGUCCAUGGUUACUGGGAGGAAGAGGCCAUCUGCGUGGAGAUGAAGGUCUCAAUGACGCUGUGGUUGGAUGGCAGCAGGUGGCUAUGGCCGUUGGUGGAGUCGGAGCUCUGGUACAACACCAGGCUGCUGGAGGACACUGCAGAAGCAGAGGAGGCCGCUGGCUGCCUGCCACGCCCGUCCCGACCCCUCCCCGCCCACCAUCCCUAAGGGGUGCUCGGGAUGGGAAAGUGGCACCUCACCACCUCCUGAAUCUCAGCAGGUGACCGGACCCCAGAGUCACACCUCUGCCCCCGGGCCUUGUUAACCCCCUGCCAGGCUCCAGGGCCGCGAGGGAGUGGCCUUCCCAGCACAUUUUAGUGGGAACAUCACAGAAGCGCUGGUGAGCUGGUGUUGUGGUUAGUUUUAUGCGUUAGCUCGCCUGCCUUUUAGUACCCAGUCAUUGAGCCAAACCCCAGCGCAGGCGUUGCUGUGCAGGUAUUUUGUAAUGUGGUUAACUCCUACGUCAGUUGACUUUAAGUAAAGGAGAGUUCCCUUGAUAAUGUGGGUGGCCCUCAUCCAAUCAGUUGAAGGCCUCAAGAGCAAAGGCUGAGGUUUCCUGGAGAAGGAGACUGCAGCAUCACUUCCUACCCUGCAGCUCUCAGGCUCGCCAGCCCUCACAGUCGUAUCAGCCAGUUCCUUAAAUAUAUGUGUGUGUGUGUGUGUAUUCCUAUUGGUUCUGUGUCUCAGGAGAACCCUCAAGAGAGCAUGAAUGGGCUUUGAGUUUGGACCUGGGUUCAGGUCCUGGCCCCACUACCUAGUGGCUGUUGGAAGCGCUACCAAGUCCCUCUCCUCCUUGAGUGCUUUCUCAUCUGUAAAAUGGGGAUGCCAACACACAUCUCAUGGGUAGAGCACAGAGCCUGGACCGUGGAGCCCUCAGUGACUGUCCCUAUAGCCACCAGGGCUGGAUGGAGGAUGCUGAAGCUCACACUUAGCAAGUGGCUGCCCUGGGUCUCAAAGCCCGGCAGCCUGACUCCAAAGUGCCUGCUCUUCACCCUGACGUUGUGGGCUGCAGACUCAGGUCUUCAGGGAAUGGAAAUGUGUGGGUUGGGUGGGACGUGGUGGGCUGGAGAGCCCGCACUCUGUGGUUGCCACGGGGCAACACGAGUCCUUCUGACUUUGCAAGAGGAGCCAGAAGUCUAUGAAAGCUCUUAAUUUUUAGCUGUUGGCAACGAAUUCAAAAAAAUGCUAAACCCUGAGCUAAAGCAACACAUCCAUGAGUCACUUCUGGUCCCCAGCAAGCCCAGUUCUUACCUCCUGAUUACCCCCUACCACCUCUUCCGGUUAUCUUUUUCCUCAACUGAGUUAAUAGAUGUUCUUGUGAGACAGGCCCAUUUCCUGUGGUUUCACACCCCCCUCGGCUCACUUCAGGGGAGCACAGGUGCCCCCUCGCAUUUACCCCUUCCCUGCCCCCCAUCUGCUGCCCACGACUUCCUCCCCAGCUAUGGGGACGGCGGUGGGGGGGCAGGGAAAGGCCACUCACCAGUGGGGCUGGCGCUGAGCCGAUGGGUGGGCUGCAGGUGCUGGAUGCCAGCAGGGUCCUGGCUGGGGAUGUGGAUGGUGGCAGCCUGGGACGCUGGUGUGUGAAGCCCGGACUCACUGGAGGCCUCAGCGUCUGAAGUGAAGACCUGGCAGAAGGGCAGCUCUUGAGCCCCCAGGGUGUGCGCUGGGGCAGGACCCAGGGAGGGGCCGGGGCAGGCCUGGGCCUUACCUGCUUGGUGGGCGUGAGGCUGGCCAGGGCGCUCAGGUUGGUGGUGUCGGUGAUGAGCAUGGUCUGCGGAAGCAGGCCCGUGUGGGUGUACUGGGCCACCUCGGGCUUGUGGCUGUAGAGGGCUGGCCGGGAGGGAGGGAGAAGAGAGGAGGACACAGACUUGGCACCUGGGCUGGGCUGGACCCCUCCCAGGAGGGCCUCAAGGUGGGGGGCUCGGGGAAAUUGGGGUGUGGGCCUGGUGAGCAGCCCAGUGGGGCAGUGGCUGGGGACUCAGGGCUGAUUUCCAAAACUGGGAGCUCCAGGUAGAGGGGUUGGACGUUCUCCCCAACCGCAGGGGCCUGCUCCACCUGUCUCGGUGGAGAGGAGCCUGGGCGAGGCCGGGAACCCAAACCCAGCUCCUGCGGUCACCUCGAGAGGACAGGUGUGAAGGGCAACGGGAGGCACAGGUGCUGUUAGGGCACUAAGUACCGGCCUUGGAGGGAAAGGCCAGGGCUCCUGUUAGGGGUUGAGGAGGGGGCAGCAUUUCUGCAUCUCCAGGACCCCUCUCCACAGUCUAACCCAGAAUUUCACCUGCAGUCUCCAGCCCCACAAAUACACACACACAUGCCAGUAGAAAACAACAUAAAUCACGUAUUCUCACAUGGACUCAGAUGAAAACACAACCACCCAUAUACACGCAUAAAUGGUGCCCUCAACCAAAUACACAGAUGUUCAAGUCCACAGGCCCUUAUCCAAGAGUCCAAGUUCCAGAAAGGUCUGAGAGCCAACAGGUUUUUGUCUGGUUGGCACUAGAGCUCAUUUGGUGGCAAAAUCUGACCUGAACCUGAUGUGAGGCUGAGUCUUUAUUAACCCACUUCGUGGAAUUCUACCUUUUGCUGCAGGAAUCAAGGUGUUUGAUGACAGGGUGUUGCCCCAAGCCCUGCUGGGAGUGUUGUGUCAUUCAUGGUGUAUGCACCUUUCUAAAAGCUGAGAAAUACAUAUGGCCCCAAGGGCACACGUGCGUGUGCACAUACAAACACCCACUCACACAAACCCAUGUGCGUGCACACGCAGCCACAUGGGUUCACACACUGAAACGUAUUCCAGCCCACAGACGCUCACCUGAGCACCCGCAGAACCCCCGUCACAGAAGCACUCACACUUGAAUCAGACACACACACAGACCACAGCAUCUGCUAAGACGCCCUCUUCCCCUGGGCUCAACGACAGCCAGUCUCUCCCACCACCUCCACCAGCAGGGGGGCUGAGGGGUGCUCACCAUGGGGGCUCUGCAGCUGGGCCAUGGUGGCCAUGAAGGGGCUCUGGGCCACGUGGCUCUGCACGGAGGGCAUGAGCGGCUGCUGGUAGGAAGGGUGCAGAGGCUGCGAGAACUGGACGGGCUGCAGGGUAGUCAGGCUGCUGCCCAUGCUGUUGAUGACCGGCACGCUCUGUGCCUGCGUGGAGGCCAGGCCUGGAGCGGGAGGGGCAGGAGUCAGCCAGACCUCCUGCCGCCUCCAUGGCCUCCCCAGGCCCAGCCCUGACCCCCAGGGGCACCAUCUCUCCCUCCUAGGGCCAGUGGGUAGGAGGGGGGGACAAGGUAACCAGGUAACAGCCUUGUACUAGGAACCUUCACUAAGUUACAGCCCUGGCAAGUUAACUCCCUCUCUGAGCUGCUAGCUCGUCAUAAGGGCAGGGAGUGUGUCAAACUAGGGUCCCUGGAGCCCUGGGGUUCCACAACGAUGCAAAGGCCCUGGGGCUUAACUCUCUGUACCCGGCUCCCAGCAGCUCCCUGUCUGUCUUAUAUAUUGAGUUUCUGCAUAAUAGUUCUGAAUAAAGUUUUUCUGGGCUUUUUUAAAACAAACUAAAACCUAAAACCUAGAAAACUUCAGUCCCCCUUGCUCUGCUCUGUUUUCCCAUAGCUGUUUUCCCUUUUAAGGUACUAUAUAACUUAUGUAUUGGAUUGGCCAAAAAGUUCGUUCGGGGCUUUCUGUAAGCUGUUGGGAAAACCUGAACCAACUUUUUGGCCAACCCAUAUUCUGCUUAUUGUCUGCCUCCCCACUUGGGUGGCUGAGAUUUGGGGCUGUUCGGUCCACUUGUGUAUCACCGGUGGAGCACGGAGUGGGCACUCAAUAAAUACAUGAAGGAAUGAGUCCCAGUGGUUCAUCCUGCUCCUGGAUUCUGUGGGAGCCCCAUGAGCCCCUCACCCAGAUGCCCCCGUCCACCCCACCAGCUUACCAAUGACCAGGGUGGAGGCGCCCGUGUUGGUAAACGUGGGGCCCAGGGAGGCAGGCUCACCAGGCCCUAUGGCCAUGACCCCGGGAAGCGAGGCCAUGAUGAGGUUCUGGGGCUGCUGGUUGAGGCCCGGGGAUGUCUGCUCCAAGCUGUGCAGUGCUGUCAGGGUGCUGACAGGGGGCAGGGGGCCCCCAGUGGCCGAGACCUUGGAGGGGAAGCCAAACUGAGUCAGGUGGGGUCCCACCCUACCUCCCUGGGGACUGCUCCAGAA